GCAAGUUCCUGAUGGGAAUACUCUGUUAUCUGAAGACAUGAGAAGAGAACUUCAGAGGCAGCAGUGGGAAAAAGAAGAGGAAGAAGCUCUAAGAAAACCCAUGGGACCCAUACAUUAUGAAGACAUUCGAGAAAAUGAGGCCAGACAGCUUGGUGUUGGUUACUUUGCCUUUUCUCGUGACCAAGAACUUAGGAAUAAACAACGGGCAACACUGGAUAUGCUAAGAGAGCAGACCCUUGAUCAGAGAACCAAACGUGAACAGUUGAAAGAAAAAAGGAAGGCGGCUCUGGAUGCAAGGCUGUCUAAACUUCGAGCACGGAAGAUUAAGAAGUUAAGGGAAGCUGGAUUAGAGGAAGAGGCAGAAAAACUGGAAAAUGGAGAGGUGAAAGGUGUUACCGAUGAGCCGGAGCCUCCAAGAGUGACUGCAGCGAGCAGAAAGGUAGAGGUUGUCAUCCAGGAGAGAAGAGAUACAAAGCCUGGCGUGCCUUACGUUCGAGAGUGGGAUAAAGGCAAAGAAUUGAUGUUUGGACAAUGGUCAAAGAAACAGGAAGAACUCAGAGAUGAGCGAGAUCCUGAAUUUGCACCACCUUCUGAUUACUUUACGGGCCAAAAGAAAGAUGAUAAUUACAGAAGUCAGAAUUUGAACAGUCCUGAAACCUCCUCUGAAAAACUGGAAACGGAGACAGCACAAAAGCAACAGAUGCCACCAGUGCGGGCCAGUGGUGGCGGCAGCACUGAAGAUGUGCCACCGUCAGCGCAGGCUUACCACGGCAGUGCUCAAGAUGAGCCGGCAUCAACAGAGGUCCGUGGCAGUGACGCUCAGGAUGUGCCAUCGUCAUCAGAGGAUGACAGCAGCGAUGAUGAGGAUACGCUGCCAUCAGCACAGGCUUACGGCUAUGGUGCUCGAGGUUUGCCGCCAUCGAUGCACGCUUACGGCUACGGUGCUCCAGAUGUGCUGUCACCAAUGCACGCUUACGGCUAUGGCGCUCACAAUAUGCCAUUUCCAGUGCAGGCUUAUGGCUACGGCCCUCAAGGCAUGAUGCCACCAAUGCACCCUUACGGCUACAGCGCUCAUGAUGUGCCGUUUCCAAUGCAGGCUUACGGCUACGGCACCCAAAACGUGCCAGCAACAAUGCAGGCCUGUGGCUGUGGCACCCAAGGUGUGCCGCCAGGAAUGCAGCCCUGUGGCUGUGGCACCCAAGAUGUGCCGCCAGGAAUGCGGGCUUAUGGCUGCAGUGCCCAAGAGGUGCCACCAUCGGAGCAGGCCUGUGGCUGCAGCGCCCAAAAUGUGCCACCAUCAGAGCAGGCCUGUGGCUGCAGCACCCAAAAUGUGCCACCAUUGGAGCAGGCCUGUGGCUGCAGCGCCCAAGAGGUGCCACCAUCGGAGCAGACUGACAGCAGUGACACUCCAAGUCAGGAGCCACUUUACCAAAGUUUAGAUGAUAUGCUGUCUUAUUACAGACAAGUGACUUGA